UUUGAUCUCGAAGCAUCCCGGCCCCUUAAACCCUACAACCGCAAACCCCCGUCAAAACCAUGGCCGCCGCCGCCGCGAAAGCCGCGGCCGCCGCCCUCUCCGCCGCGGCGGCCGUCGCCGUGUCCUCCGAGAGGGUACACGCCGAGGGGGGCUCGGGCUUCCGCUUCCCCUUCUCCUCCUCCCCCACCCCUCCCCCUCCCCCUCCCCCCGGGGCUCCGCCGCCGUCUCAGCCCUCCCCCGCGCCGGCCGCGGAGGAGGCUCCCAGGGUCCGGAACGACAACCCCCGCACUACCGCCGCAGGGUUCGAUCCCAAUGUGCUCGAGCGCGGGGCCGAGCUUCUGCGCGAUUACGAAAAACAUCGUGAUGCUGAUGUAAAAAAGAUGUUCGCCUAUUUAAACAAGGUGGAGGAGACGCGGCAAGCGGAGCUCACUGCACAGAAGGCUGAGCACCUGAAGGAGGCUGCGACCAUCGAGCUCGAGAAGACUCGUGUGGAGUAUGACGAGAAGAAAAAACUUGCGCAACAGCAAGCUGAAAUAAAGGCACAAAUCGCUCGAUAUGGGGAUGAGCUAGCAAGGAAGAGAUCACAGUUAGAGAAUGAGACACAAAGGGCGAGAAACCAGGAGCUCGUGAAGAUGCAGGAGGAUUCUGCAAUUAGGGUAGAGCAGCUGAGACGUCAGAUUGAGGAAGAAAUCCAUGAGACCCGGAGAAAGACAGACAAGGCAAAGGCACUUAUAGAUCAGGAGACUGCUGAACGGAAAUCAAAGGCAGAUGCAGAGGGGAGAGCACUUGAAAAGAAACUGUCAGAAGAGGUGGACCGGCGAAUGUUUUUGGAGAAGGCAAAUGCUGAGCGGGAGAAGUGGGUCCAAGCAAUAAACAUAACUUUUGAGCAUAUAGGAGGUGGUUUGAGAACGAUAUUAACUGAUCAGAAUAAGCUAGUAGUAGCAGUUGGAGGUGUAACAGCACUUGCAGCCGGGAUAUACACAACAAGGGAAGGUGCAAGAGUAGUCUGGGGUUAUGUGGACCGUAUUCUAGGUCAGCCAUCACUGAUCAGAGAGUCAUCACGAGGGAAAUAUCCUUGGUCUGGUGUCCCGUCACGUGCUAUGAGUACCAUGACUAGCAAACUGAAAAAUGGGAGCAAUUUGGGGAAGAAUGGGAAUGGUUUUGGUGAUGUUAUUCUAAAUCCUUCUCUUCAGAAGAGAGUGAAUCAGCUAGCUAAUGCCACCGCCAACACGAAACUUCAUCAAGCUCCUUUCAGGAACAUGCUUUUCUAUGGGCCUCCUGGCACCGGGAAAACAAUGGCGGCAAGAGAACUAGCUCGCGAAUCUGGACUAGAUUAUGCACUUAUGACUGGUGGAGAUGUGGCGCCAUUGGGAUCACAAGCAGUCACCAAGAUUCAUCAGUUAUUUGAUUGGGCAAAGAAAUCCAAUAGAGGCUUGCUUCUCUUCAUUGAUGAAGCUGACGCUUUCUUGUGCGAACGGAACAAGACAUACAUGAGUGAAGCCCAAAGGAGUGCUCUGAAUGCUCUCCUUUUCCGCACAGGUGACCAAUCCAAGGACAUUGUACUUGCACUAGCGACCAACAGACCUGGUGACCUAGACUCUGCUGUUACGGACCGCAUCGAUGAGGUUCUGGAGUUCCCCUUGCCCGGGGAAGAAGAGAGGUGUAAGCUUCUUAAACUAUACCUGGACAAGUACAUAGUGAAAGCUGGCGACAAGCAAGGAAAGGGCUGGUUCAGGUUCUUCCGUCGCCAGCCUCAGAAGAUAGCCGUGAAGGGGAUCACCGAUGACUUGAUCCAGGAGGCAGCUGCCAAGACUGACGGCUUCUCUGGAAGAGAGAUCGCAAAGCUGAUGGCGAGUGUGCAAGCUGCAGUUUACGGAAGCACGGAAUGUGAGCUCACCCCGAGCCUGUUCCGUGAGGUUGUAGAUUACAAAGUCGCGGAGCACCAACAGAGAAGAAAGAUAGCUGGUCAUGCCUAGGAGUAGAUUACAAUGUUUCUUUCUGGGGAGAGUGCCUGGACAGGGCGGGCGAUUCGCCUGCUUCCUCGUCCUCAAUUCUUUUGCUACUGCCCCCCUCGGCUGAAUUUUGUAGGCUUACAUGUACCAAUGACAACAUAACGCCGUUCACUUGCAACAAUCUCCUGUACGAUGUUGAUCUUUUCUGUUUAACACGGCGUAUCCUUGUGCCUUUGCCGAUGGGGAUUUCCUGUACGCCUCCGGAAUCGCGUAUUCUUGUGCUUUGUUUUAAUAAUGGGGUUUAAUAA